CUUAGAAUUUUUUCAGUCUGCGGUCAUGAACUCUUUUCUAGUGUUCAUGUUUAUAAGCAUAGUAAUUACAUCAAGAUUUAAUUGAUAUCAAGGCUCUCCCGGCCGUGGCAUGAUUAAUAACGUUCAAGUACUUCUUUAUUCUUUAAUCUCUGUUUAAUCAUGUCUGUGGUAACGUUUCAAAAUAUAAGUAUAUUUCAAAUCGUGUCUAUGGUCAUAGUUUUAUUUUUCGGUAGACCGUGGCUUUAGAUUUAGAUCAAAGUUCAAAUAUUAGAAUUAUAAUCGUUAAUUAUCAACUGACAACAAUGUUGAGAUGACUCUACGAGAAAUGGACCAUUGGACUAUGUUCAACUACGAUAACUACAAAUUCCUCUUGCGGUUUUGAUAUUUAAAUUUAAGUUUACAAUAUGACAAUCAAAGAAAUGUCCUUUUAGUGUUCUAUGUGAUCCGAAGCAUUAAUAUUAUAAUAUUGAUUUAGAAACUUUUGUUAACUGUAAUUAUCUGACUAAAAUAAGAAUAAAUCCUUUAAUACUUAGCAAUAUUCAUGGACAACAAACAUAUUGUAUUGCUGGCAACUGGAUCUUUUAAUCCACCGACAAACAUGCAUUUGCGGAUGUUUGAAAUUGCUCGAGAUCAUUUAAAUCAUUUAGGAUUUACAGUUUGUGGUGGUUUGAUAUCGCCUACACAUGAUUUGUAUAAAAAAAAAGAUUUAGCUCCAUCGAUCCACCGGUGUGCUAUGAUCAAACAAGCUCUUGUCGCCUUACCUUGGGUCAAGAUUUCUGAUUGGGAGGUAAAGCAAAGCUGUUGGACUACAACAAGAAAUGUUCUUCAGUAUCACCAGAAUUUUCAUGAUAUUAUUAUUUCAUCAAUACGGAAUGGUGAUGAAGUUGAUACCUCUUUAUUUCCUGUGCAAUUUGUAAAAAAUAUUAAUGCCAAAGACUUAAACCAAAAUAUGGCAAUAAAUAUUAGACUUUUGUGUGGUGCAGAUUUAUUGGAAUCUUUUGCUAUUCCAGGUUUAUGGAAGGACGAUGAUAUAGAGGCUAUUGUCAGAGAUUUUGGUUUAGUUGUUGUUAGUCGUUCUGGAUCGAACCCACAUAAAUUUAUUUAUGAAUCUGAUAUUUUAACCAAAUAUAUGGCAAAUAUAAUUGUUGUGACUGAAUGGAUAUCAAAUGAAAUAAGUUCAACUAAGGUACGACGAGCAUUAUCUCGGAAUGAAAGUGUAAAAUUUCUCAUUAGUGAUUUGGUGGAAUCAUAUAUUAAAGAGCAUGGUCUUUUUGGAACUUUAAAUAAUAAGUCUAAUGAUAAUGAUAGAUCAGACUUAAACACGAGUAGUGUUUUCUUGUCACCUUCUCCUAGCAGUAAAACAUUUAAAACAUAUCAAAUAGAUGACAAGAAAAUAAAUAUUGACGAACCUGAUAAUCUUCAGUGUACUACAAAAAGAGAAAACAAUUGUAUUAAACCAAAGGUAAGAAAUAUAGCAGAAAAUAAAGAGUACUCUUCUAGGGUUGCUAUUCAAGUAUCUGAAAAUGGAAUUAUUGAAGUCAUAAGCGACAAAGAAACAAUGCUUUGACAUUUAAAUAUGUAUAUGGAUAUUGUUACAAAUUUGUGCCAAAUUAAUUUUAUUAGUAUUGGUUAUUAUACUUGAGUUUGUCCUUUUUUUAAACUAUACUUCCAUUUACACUGUGAUUUUAGAUUUAG